AUGCCUGAGCCGGCCAAGUCCGCCCCUGCGCCUAAGAAGGGCUCCAAGAAGGCGGUGACCAAGACGCAGAAGAAAGGCGACAAGAAGCGCAAGAAGAGCCGCAAGGAGAGCUACUCCAUCUACGUGUACAAGGUGCUGAAGCAGGUGCACCCCGACACGGGCAUCUCGUCCAAGGCCAUGGGCAUCAUGAACUCCUUCGUCAACGACAUCUUCGAGCGCAUCGCCGGCGAGGCGUCGCGCCUGGCGCACUACAACAAGCGCUCCACCAUCACGUCGCGGGAGAUCCAGACGGCCGUGCGGCUGCUGCUGCCCGGCGAGCUGGCCAAGCACGCCGUGUCCGAGGGCACCAAGGCUGUCACCAAGUACACCAGCUCCAAGUAAACACCUACUGAAAAUACCGCUUAACCCAAAGGCUCUUUUAAGAGCCAGCCACUUUUUCAAUAAAAGAGCUGUGCAAUCAAGUAAGAAAAAACAUCUUAUAUCUUCUUACUGUGGGAUCUUUCUCUUUAGAAUAUUCCUGCGGGGGUUGGAUUUUUUUCUUUUGUUUUUGUUUUUGUAAGGUUUCUUGAAUUUUGGGUACUAAAGGAUUAGUUUGCUAAAAUGCUGCUCUCGAGUUUACAGCAUUAAUAAACUUCUACUAACUGCAAUGUAUCUGUAAAGACUUUGAGAUGGUUGGGGGGCUUGGGGUUUUUUUUAGUUGAUGCUGUCCUUAAUUGUUUACAAAAUUUUUACUAAGCAAAACCUUACUAUUGCA